UGGCAACGAGAAUUGGCGUGGGACGGAGUGAAGAGAGUUGUUAUCGAAGAAGAGGGAGCAGAGACGGAGGCAGGAGCAGAGCCGGGGGGCGUGUGAGUGUGUUUGUGAGGUCCAACAAGGAGCACAACACGGCGUGAAUGAGACAGGCAAGCUGGCGGACUUCAACAUGGCAUCCGGAGAUACUCUGUACAUCCAGACAGACGGCUCGGAGAUGCCGGCCGAGAUCGUGGAGCUCCACGAGAUAGAGGUGGAAACGAUACCGGUGGAGACUAUCGAGACCACGGUGGUCGGCGGGGAUGACGACGACGACGACGGGCAGCCCAUGAUCGCGCUGCAGCCGCUGGUCACGGACGACCCCAGCUCCAUCCACCACCACCACCACCAGGAGGUGAUCCUGGUCCAGACCCGGGAGGAGGUGGUCGGUGGGGAUGACUCGGACCUGCACACGGACGGCGGGAGCGGGUUCGAGGACCAGAUCCUCAUCCCGGUGCCGGCUCCCGGGGUGGAGGACGAGUACAUCGAACAGACUCUGGUGACUGUGGCCGGGAAGAGCUCGGUGGGUCGGAUGAAACGGGGAGGCGGCACCGGGGGGAAGAAAGCGGGCAAAAAGAGCUAUUUAAGCGGAGCGGAGGCCGGCGGGAGAAAAUGGGAACAGAAGCAGGUGCAGAUAAAGACACUGGAGGGGGAGUUUUCUGUUACAAUGUGGGCAUCGGAUGACAAUAAAGACAUUGACCAUGAGUCGGUGGUGGAGGAGCAGAUCGUCGGGGAGAACUCCCCUCCGGACUACUCCGAAUACAUGACAGGGAAGAAGCUGCCACCUGGUGGAAUCCCGGGGAUCGACCUCUCAGACCCCAAGCAGCUGGCCGAGUUUGCCAGGAUGAAGCCCAGGAAAGUCAAAGAGGACGAUGCUCCCCGGACGAUAGCUUGCCCUCAUAAAGGCUGCACAAAGAUGUUCAGGGAUAACUCAGCCAUGAGGAAGCAUCUCCACACCCACGGACCCCGCGUGCACGUCUGCGCCGAGUGUGGCAAGGCGUUUGUGGAGAGCUCCAAACUCAAACGUCACCAACUUGUUCACACAGGGGAAAAACCCUUCCAGUGCACCUUCGAAGGCUGCGGGAAACGGUUUUCUCUGGACUUCAACCUGCGCACACACGUGCGGAUCCACACUGGAGACCGGCCCUACGUCUGCCCCUUCGACGGCUGCAAUAAGAAAUUCGCGCAGUCGACCAACCUAAAGUCUCACAUCCUCACACACGCCAAAGCCAAAAAUAACCAAUGAGAGCCCUUCCACCAGCCACACAGAUGAAAAAAAGAGCAUCCUAGCGGCGCACCUGAAACCUCGUUUGAGGACGGAAUGAAAAGCUUGAGACUUUUUGAUUUAUAUAAAAAAAAAAUCUGACAGAUUAAAAGACUUAAAAACACUGAAAUUCACCUAGUUUUCCUGCGUCCCCUUUUCUUCUGCUGUCAUAUUGGAUGAGGAACACAGUGACUAUUCCCCGAAGCCCCGGCCAACACAGUCCCUUUGUUUCUCCAGUGGCACUCGGCUGCCAGAAGAUGGAACUCAUGGACAAAUAUCAGAGACUUAUUUUUACCAGAGCGAGGAGAGAGGCAGCACUCUAUUAGUAUUUUUAUUUUCUCACAUAGCUUUUAUUUUCCCCAAGUGUGCAUAUUGUACACUUGUCUCAGGCUAUGUUUAGUGAUUUAUUUCUUUAUUCUCUCCUGCAUUAUGAGAUCGUACCUAUGAUACAAGAAGGCCGCCGGCCUCGUGUGACCUGUUAUCACAUGUAUGAGAAGUUUAAAAACAGCUGUAUGUUUGCAUUUCCAUACCCUCUUUGGUUGUAUUUUUCUCUAACCACAAAAAUAACCGUGUAUACUUGUAUUGUAUGGCUGUAUUGAAAUUACGUAGACAUAGAUAGAGGUGUGAUUUAAAGUGUUAACCAAUUAAACUUUUAGUCAUGAGUUGCUUUAUAUUUUCUAUGAACUGUCUUUACACAGAUGAAUGAGUAAACUUACUCAGAGCGCGUCUCAGUUGAAGCAUCUGGAGCGUACAUUGAACUGACUGCGAGACCAUCACUUUCUUUGUUAGAAUGUAAUGUACAGACGUCAACCAUUAACUUCCUUUGUUGAUAUUUACACUCAUGUAUCUCAACUGCCCACAAUAAAACGGCUCAUUCCAACCCUGUCCAAA